ACACAUUCUCACUGUUCUACCUUACACUGCAACCUGCAUUCCAUUUAAUCUGAUCACAGCUAUGCCUUCAUACAGAGGAACUGUAAAGUAAUCUAAAAAAAAAAGAAAAAAUCAGAGGGCGCUGGCUGUGCAAUCAGGGCAGAGAUUUCUUCGCGUUUAUUCUCAGCUCCCCUCUCUGCCUGUGCCCUGUGCUGCUCCUACUCUCAGUGCACUGCAGCUCCUCCUUCCACCCCUCAUCAGCUGCCCCUCCCUCCAUCUCUCCAUCCCUCCAUCCCUCUUCCUCUCUCUGGAUAUGCUCUAGGUGCAGCAUGUAUGAGAGUCUGUGCGAGCCAGCAGAGCUGCCCGUGUGUUUACAUGUCAGCCUAUCAGUGCUGCUGGAUUUAGCGCAUCUGGAGAGGAUGGAGGCAUUUCACAAAUGCUCCUAAGACAACGGAUUCUUGUCGCUGCAUGUAACCCUCUUUCCCCCUCCAAUUUGAAUCUUUCCUGUCUCCUGUCCUGCAUCCCUGCCUCCAUGCUUUUGGAGGCAUUCUGAAUUUUGUUGGCAACAUGGAGCUGCCCGAAUUAGAAUUCUCUGCAUGACAGCCCUGGUCAGCUGUAGGAUGGUGUCAGGGGAGGCAGGAGGGCACAGCUACUUGGUGGCAUGCUGGCAGCCCAUCCUGAUCCUAAUGCUUGGCACCGUCCUUUCUGGCUCCACCACUGGUUGUCCUUCCCGAUGCGACUGCAGCGCUCAGGAACGCUCAGUAGUUUGCCAUCGUCGGAAGCUGGCAACUUUUCCUGAGGGCAUCCCAACUGAAAUAAGACUGUUGGACCUCAGCAAGAACCGUCUGAAAACUCUGGGGCCAGACGAGUUCAUCAAUUACCCUCAGUUGGAGGACCUGCAGCUUAAUGAAAAUACAAUUUCAGACAUUGAGCCUGGGGCUUUCAGCAAUCUUAUGAACCUCCGUACUCUGGGUUUGCGCAACAAUGAGCUGAAGCUCAUUCAGCUGGGUGUCUUCACCGGCUUGACGAACCUCACAGAGCUUGAUAUCAGUGAGAACAAAAUUGUCAUUCUCCUCGACUACAUGUUUCAGGAGCUGUACAACCUGAGAGCUCUGGAAGUUGGUGACAAUGACUUGGUGUUUAUCUCACCCCGAUCAUUCCAUGGCCUCACCAACCUUGAAAGCCUCCACAUUGAGGGAUGCAAUUUAUCCUCAGUGCCCACUGAUGCCCUUAGCCAUCUUCAUAACCUACUAUCACUACGAUUACGAUACCUGAACGUCAGUGUCUUAAUGGAUUACUCUUUUAAGAGACUCUAUCGGCUAAGAUUCCUGGAGCUUUCUCAUAUGUCUGCCCUGGAUACCAUGACUCCGAAAUGUUUGUUUGGUCUCAACCUCACCUCACUGUCAGUUACACAUUGCAAUCUCAGUGUCAUUCCAUACCAGGCCAUCAGCCACCUAAGAUAUCUUCAGGAUUUGAAUCUGUCCUUCAAUCCCAUUCAAGCUGUCGAAGGUAACCACCUGUUUAAUCUGCAGAACCUUCAAGCUUUCCACUUGGUUGGUGGAAGACUGACUGAGAUUGAACCCUACUCUUUCCGAGGAAUCAAUCACCUCCGCAUACUUAAUGUCUCCAGCAACAGUUUGGCCACCGUGGAGGAGACCGUCUUUCACUCAUUAGGAAACCUGGAGAUGUUAGCUUUACAUGAAAACCCACUGGCCUGCGACUGUCGUCUACUCUGGGUCUUUCGUCGGCGGUGGAGGCUCAAGUUCAACAAACAGCAGCCUGUAUGUGCUUCACCUGAAGUGAUGCAAGGUAAAGGGUUCAAGGACAUUCCAAACAGCCUACCUUCUGACUACUUCAUCUGUCAGAAGUCAAAGAUCUUGGAUUAUAAAGUUAAAGAAAGCCAUGUAGAUGAAGGAACAACAGUUCACUUUAGUUGCCCAGCUGAGGGUGAGCCAGACCCUGUGAUUUUGUGGCUAUCCCCCAAAAAGGAAUACAUCACUACUAAAACCAUGGGGUCAAGACUCUCUGUGUCUCAUGAUGGCACACUGGAGGUACGGUACGCCCAAAUCCAGGACAAUGGCACCUACAUGUGCAUUGCAAGCAAUGCAGCAGGUAAUGACACCAAAGCUGCUCACCUCUUUGUACAUAGUUACUCUCCUAAUUGGCCCCACCAGCCAAACAAGACAUUUGCCUUCAUUUCCAACCAGCCCAACGAAGAAGGUGCUAACGUGACCCGGGCUUCAGUUCCAUUCCCUUUUGAUGUAAAGACACUCAUUAUUGCAACUACCAUGGGAUUUAUCUCCUUCCUGGGAGUUGUCCUCUUCUGUCUGGUAAUAUUAUUCCUCUGGAGUAGAGGGAAAGACAACACAAAGUCAAGUAUAGAAGUGGAAUAUGUGCCCCGUAAGGAGGAAUCAGAGGAAGCGAGUCCAAAUGAAGAACCAGUACAAUUCAACAUGAAAGUGAUGUGAAACUAUGAAAUGAAAGUGAUGUGAGCUUGCAAACUACAGCCCUGAUGCAUUUUGCCUUCUCUUCGAGUGUGUACUUGAUGAGUGGUAGGAAUUGCCUGGCAACAAAUGCAUCUUGACAAUGUAUCAUUGACGUUCCUCUUUUUUUACUCUGAAAGGACUGAAUGUUGAAACAAAAAGUUGAUCUUCAAUUUUCUGUAUAUCGAAAUUUGGAAAUACUACAACAGUAUUACAUGGACUGAAGGAGCCCAUUGCUGUACGUAUUCAAUGUUAAAAUGGGCAAACAAAGCAAACAGAAGGAUGUUCUGUUAACAGGUGUACGCAGAAAUAGACUUAACAAGAGAUUGUCCUGAAGGUAAAAUCUGUCGGCCCAGAACGGAAGUAUAUCACACGAGAGUCGUGUUGCAUUUUGCAUUCUGGUGUGUAUCAUAAAUGGAAUUUAAAUUCUUGUUACAAGUCCAAAGUGGAAAGAAGUUUCUUAUGUUUGUUUUGUCGUUUUAAAAAAGAACUGACCUGUGAAUUUUAAGUUUUUGUGUAUUUUUCAGACAAGUAACAAGAAUAAAGUCAGAACAAAAUAGAAAGAGUAGUGUUGUAUUGGUAAAAUAAAUAUAUUUACAAAAGAUGUGGACCAAGGCUGAAGUCAUAGUUUUUACUAAACAGCGAUACAUACAUUAUCUCUAAGAUAAUUUAGGAUCUAGCUUCUGUAAAUUUGAAUUAUUACUUUGUCAUUUACUAGUUUUGAGUUUUGUUUUUGGUGUUCACUACAUGGCACAAAGGUAAUAUUUCCAACAGCCUUGACAACAAAUCCCAGAUUAAGUUGUUUUUUAUAUGGUUUGUCGUUUUCACAUAUUGUGACAGUACUGGAAAUCAGCAACUUUGCAAUCUAUUCGCCAAUCUAUUGAGUCGUGCGGUCCUCUUCUAACAGUCCAUAUCCUGGGAUCAAAUAGUAACUGCUCUGUCUCUGAAAUUAUGACGUUAGGGGACUUUUUCGCCUCAAGGAAGUCAUUGUUUAGCUCAGCAAUAGCCCAUAUUCAUGUGUAAAACAGUUUUAUGCCUCAUAAGAAUACCAUGUUUAAAGUCAUUAAUUUCUCAGUCAAGGUCUGCUCUGUAGAUAAUGUGUUCAUUAACUCCCACUAAACAUGUUUAAAGGGGAAAAGAGUCGGAGAUUCUAUUAAAAAAAACACUUAAUAUUUCUGCAUUACAUAUUUAAUGCCAGUGUAUUGGGAAAAUUAAUGUUUUAUCUGUGUUGCAAGAAAUUGUAAAAAAAAAAAAAAAGAAAGAAAGAAAAAAGAAAUCGCAUUGCUUUACCGAAGAGGAACCAAGUGAAUCACACACUGUUAGAACUCUGAGUUCACAAACUCAUGAAGAGCAGAGAUAAAGUCAAAUCCAGACUGGGUGUAAACCCGUGUGCUAAAUAUCCCAUUGUAGUGAUAACAAAUAGCCAGAAGAACAGUAUAUGCAUAAAAUAUAAAUAAACAGCAUACGUGUCAGCUUGGAGCCUGACGUGAUAGGCAUAGGAGUCUGUAUGGUUAUGAAGAAAGCAGGAGACAGACAGUCAGUGUCUGAGUGGAUCCAGUGCAUCUCUGGAUUUUUUUUUCCCAUUCCAUUAAAAACACAUUACACUACCGAUUACUGAUAGAGCAGCAUGAACAGCAUCUGUAAGGAUUCAGAAAAGGGUUCUUGCCGACUAUCAAGGAUGAACAUUAAAGAGAAGCAACAUGAGUUGAUUUCCACACAUUUACUACAGCCCGGAAUUUGUCCGUGUGUUACAGAGAAAACAAAUGCUGCGCUGAGCCUCUGAGCCAGAAGCAAACACACCUCACUCUGCCAGCACCUUGUAUGAAGCCUGUCGCAUGGAUCUGUGUUGGUGCAAAUUAACAGUGCGGGUUACAAUACAAUAACCAAUACACAAUCAUGCAGUUGGGUUAAGCCAGUAUGUGAGUCACACAGUGACAGUCUCCCGUUGUGCGGGUGUGAAGUCCAACACAGUAGACAAUGCCCAGGCCUGUUCCUUUGCAAACCUGUAUUUCACAUUUGAGAAUAUGCCAGUGGAGUUUUUAUGAGGCUCUGAACUACACUUACUAACAAAGCUGAUGCAACAUUAAAAAUAUUGAAAAAACUUGACAAAUCAAUAUUGAAAACUGAUUAUACAUUUGUUUUAGCUUUCAGCUUAUCACACUGAACACCCACCCAAAAACUGGUUGAGAAUAAAAAGCUUCACUGUAAACAUGAGCUGUGAUGUGUGUA